AUGCCAGACGGAGCCACCCCCCCAACCCGCCUUCCGCCAUUCACGGCGGCGCAGACCCUCAACUCCAAGUUUAUUCCGUCCGUGCUCAUUGUUGGCGCGGGGAUUGGCGGUAUCACCCUCGCCCUCGACCUCGAUGAGGCCGGCCUGACCAACUGGAUCAACAGCCAGUGGACCGAGACGCACCCGGACCACCGCGAGAUCCAGCGCUACUGGGCGGACAUUGUGCGUACGCAGGGCCUUACGAACCGCCUACGUCUGCAGCACGACUACAUCAAGGCCGAGUGGGACGCCGCGCAGAACGUGUACCACGUGACGCUGCGCGACCUCGUCAACGACAAGGAGGUCGUGUACGACUGCAACGUGCUCGUCUGCGCGACCGGCGCGUUCAGUGAGCCAAACCGUAUCCCGCUGGAAGGCGAGGAUGCCUUCGAGGGCAAGGUAGUGCACGCGGCCCGCUGGCCGCGUGACAUGUCGGUCGAGAGCCUGCGGGACAAGAACGUCGUCGUCGUCGGUAACGGGUGCUCUGGCGUCCAGAUUAUCGGCACCCUCGGACUGGACCCCAGGAUCAAGAUGACGGCCCUCGCUCGCGGUCAGCAGUGGUUCAUGCCCUCGUCGAACGGUGGCAUCAAGGCCUCGCGUAACAGUGCACCGAACAGUGAGCAACUACGUGCCAUCCGCGCCCGCUGGCCCAUCCUCCAGCGCCUGCACCGCUGGAUAUUCCUCGCCCUCGCCGACCAGCGCUUCUACUACCAGUGGGCCAAGUCUGGCGAGAAGGCGCGUAAGAAGAUUGAGCGCGACAUCGGCGCUUGGAUGGUCGCACGCGCCCCACCGAACCUCAAGGACAAGAUUGUGCCCAACUUCCCGUUCCAGGCGAAGCGCUACAUCUUCGAGGAUGGGUACUUUGCCGCCAUUAACCAACCCCAGAACCGCGCGGUCUAUGGCCGUAUCGCCGGCCUCACGCCCACUGGCGUGCUCACGGACGACAACGAGGAGAUCCCCGCCGACGUCGUGGUUCUCUCCACUGGUUACGCGGCCGACCACAUCGACAUGCAGGUCGACGGCGAGAACGACAGCACGCGCAACUACGACGGCAAGGGCGACCUCGUGUACUACCAUGGAAUCGCUCUCCCCGGCAUGCCCAACUACUACACGAUGAUGGGCAACAACUUCCUCGUCAACCACUCGUCCGUCACCGAGGUCCUCGAGAUCCAAGCCUCCUACAUCACGCAGGUACUCGUAGCCAUGCGCGACAACAACAUCCCCAAGCUCGAGGUGAAGAAGGCCGCCGCCAAGGCGUACGACAACCACAUCGCCGCCCAGCUCGAGCUCACCACCUGGCCCCUGGUAAACAACUACUGGCGCAAGGGCGGCAGCGGCCGCAUCUUCACCCACUACCCCGGCCCAAUCUCCCAGCAGUGGUGGGACAAUGCUUGGCCCGUGUGGGCCGACUACACGGGUGGUGAGAAGCUCGCUCGCCGCCAGAAGAUUCGGAAGAUCCUCUUCGCGUUGCUGCUGCUUGUGGGCGGUACUGUUGGCGGCGCAAAGCUGUGGGCGGCGGGAGCGCCGCAGAGCCUCGUUUCGGCCGGGGGGGAGGUCGCGCAGUGGCUCGUCGGGGUUGUUUCGCAGAUUGCUCAGCGUCUUCACCUCAAGUAG